GUGCACUUUCUACCGUACCAUGGAAGAACUAGAAGCUCUCGAUCCUUCCUAUGUGCAAGAAAUCCUUUCUCGACCUCCAUUUGUUACCAUUGAUGGUGUCAUCAACGUCCGGGAUUUGGGCGGUCAUCCAUCCUCUUUGCCUGACAAGAUAACCAGGCAUCGAACCGUAUUUCGUAGCGCAGAACUUGCAGGAAUCACGGAGAAAGGGAAAGAACAGCUGAAAGAGUUGGGCAUUACUAGGGUUUUUGAUCUAAGAUCAGACACAGAAAUCGAGAAAUACAACAGCUCGUUACCCCCUAUGGAUGGGAUAGAAAUUGUUCGAUCGCCGGUUUUCAGCAAAGAAGAUUAUAGCCCCGAGAUGAUGGCCAAGCGUUACAAACUCUACGCAAGUGGGAAGACAGAAGCGUUUAUGGAACUGUACUCUCAGAUCCUAGAGCACGGUGAACGCGCGUUCGGAGCAGUACUGCGACAUAUCCGAGAUCGACCGACAGAAGGAUGCAUCUUUCAUUGUACUGCAGGAAAGGAUAGAACUGGGGUGAUCGCAGCGAUCAUACUCAAGCUUGCAGGUGUUGAUGAUCAAUCUAUUGCGCAAGAUUAUGCUCUAACGCGAGUGGGCCGAGAACCAGCACGAGCGAUGAUAUUACAACGCCUAUCCAAAGAACCGCUCUUUGCUUCCAACAAUGAAGCUGCUCUGAAUAUGUUCACUUGUCGGUACGAGACAAUGAUCGCCUUUCUUGCCUUACUCGAAGAUCAGUACGGUGGAGUUGAAAAAUACGUCAAGACUUUUUUGAAACUGACAGACGACGAUAUCAACAUCAUUCGGAAUAAUCUCCUUUCCUCCAUAAAUCCGGCCAUAUAUUGAUGGCAAAUCGUGCAUCAAUUAUGUAUUAAGUAUGUCGGUGGAUUCAUGUCGCAUAUCAUAACAAUUAGGUCCUGAAAGUUAGCGAGCCUACAUUACAGAAGUCUAUAAUCCACGGUGUUCGGUCCAUCAUCCGGCCCGUUAGUCCUUCCUGGUCAGGCUGAUUGCUCGUUUCUGUUUUUGCACCUGUUGCGUUAACACGGUUCCUGUAUUCAACGUGGUUGACGGUGCAUUUGAUCCAGCAUUCUGGACUCUUGAUCUUGGAUUCAGGGGAGACAAUGCUCCAGCUCGAGGCGAAAAGGGGACGGUAGAAGCCUGCACUGGGAUGGUACCUGAGCUUGGGUUGUUAGAGGGAAUCGAAAUGUCAUUCGUGCCCCUCCGUCUCAGUCCUGGCCGUGUCGGUGCGGCUCGACCAGCUUUCUCGCCAGCUUUCUCGCCAUGGUCACUUUGUCGAUCAAAUUCAUAGAAGGGAAACGUUGAUGCGUCUGUCCCCAGUGCCUGUCGACGAGCCUUUUCAUGUCUAGACUGAACAGAGCGAAAAUGCUGGAGGAGUUCUUGCCACUUGAUUUCGUCUCUG